AUGAUCGGCAAACAUGCCUUCCUUCACUGCGUCUGUUGCGGCAAGUGGGCGUGGAAACGGAGGCUCAUAAAGCAGCAGGGCGCGUGCGCUGUCUGUGGCACGGUGCUGCAUGGCUGGACCACGUCGGAGAAUGGCACGUGGCAUCAACGGUGGGCCGUCGACUCCGUCAGCUGGCCCAAGCUCGGGCCGAAGGGCUGUGGCGCAGGAGGCUGCGGCAAGGCGUCUCCCCCCCCAGCGGUCGACGCCGUCAUGGUCAAUGCGUCGGCCCCUGCGGGCCUGGAGUCGGACCCUGAGGCGGCGCACUUGGCCAUCCCCUUCAAGUCGUUGGCGGCCUCGAAGCGCACCGCUCCGCCUCCCAAGCCUGCGCACGCGGUGCUCAAGGAGGCCACCACUGAGUGCUCCCGCAAGCAGGAGGCCUUGCACAGUGCGGCGCGGUCGGCCGAGAGGGCCACGUUGCAGUUGGAGCGUGCGCGUUGGGCUUUCACCAAGGCCAGUGACGAGAUGGUGGAGACCGAGUGCCAGCGGUUGCAGGCACUGAAGGCAGCCGGCACGUGCGUCAAUGACAAAGAUGCGGCCUGCUUCCUCAAGGUGGACCGCGAGUUGUUCGAGUCCUUGGACGAGCUCGAGCCCGCCGACAAGCGGGCGCUGGAGACCGUCCAGAAGCAGCUGGAAGGGGUUGCGAGGCAGGCGAACGAGAAACAAAAGGAGUUCCAGGUCUUGCUGGGGCAGGCGAGGCCUGCGCGCAAGGAGGCCGCCACCAAGCGCCGCCGCCGCGACGAAGGCGGCGCGGCCGUGCGCGGCGACGGCGACCCUGCCUCACUGGCUUCAGGCGCUGCCGUGGCGAGCCCAGGCGGCUCUGCCUCGAGGGCGGCGGCUGGGGAGAGCGACCGCAUGCAGUGGCAGCUGGCAGGAGGCGUGGUCAAAAGUGCCGCGGAGGAUUCCUCGCUGGACGUCUUCUUCGGCAAGAUCACAGAGCGGGGGCCGCAGGCAGCGCGAUGCCUGGUCCAGCAGCAGGAACGCCGCGUCGCG